CCCCCUUCCCCUCCCCUCCUCUCCCUCUCCCUGCCGUGUGCCGGGGGGUGGUGGUAUCGGUAGGGUCGCAAUUUCCCAGCCUCUCCGGAGAAAACUCGGGCAAGGGAGAGCGCCUUGAACGCCCAUGGAUGCCUGGGGGGGCUCCGCGCCCCGCUGGAUCCGCCGCCGCGGGGCCCGGCUGCUGCUGCUGCUGCUGACCGUGCGCCUGGGCAGCGGAGCUGAUAAAGCAGAUGACGAGGACGAUGAAGAUCUAACAGUGAAUAAAACAUGGGUCCUUGCACCAAAGAUCCAUGGUGGUGAUGUAACUCACAUACUGGAUUCCUUACUUCAAGGAUAUGACAACAAGCUUCGGCCAGAUAUUGGGGUGAGAACUACGGUAAUUGAAACAGAUGUCUAUGUUAACAGCAUCGGUCCAGUUGACCCAAUCAAUAUGGAAUACACUAUAGAUAUAAUUUUUGCCCAGACUUGGUAUGACAGUCGUCUAAAAUUUAACAGCUCAAUGAAGGUGCUCAUGCUUAAUAGCAAUAUGGUUGGAAAAAUCUGGAUUCCAGACACUUUCUUCCGGAACUCAAGGAAAUCUGAUGCUCACUGGAUUACAACUCCAAAUCGUUUGCUUCGAAUCUGGAGUGAUGGAAGAGUAUUAUACACUCUAAGGUUGACAAUUAAUGCUGAAUGCUAUCUUCAGCUUCAUAAUUUUCCUAUGGAUGAACACUCCUGUCCUCUGGAGUUUUCAAGCUAUGGAUAUCCCAGAAAUGAAAUUGAAUACAAAUGGAAGAAAACAUCUGUUGAAGUGGCAGAUCCAAAAUACUGGAGACUGUAUCAGUUUGCAUUUGUGGGGCUACGAAAUACAACUGAAAUUUCUCAUACCUUGUCUGGUGAUUAUAUUAUUAUGACAAUAUUCUUUGAUCUCAGCAGACGUAUGGGAUAUUUUACUAUUCAGACAUACAUUCCUUGUAUACUCACAGUUGUUCUUUCAUGGGUGUCAUUUUGGAUCAAUAAGGAUGCAGUUCCUGCAAGGACUUCUCUGGGGAUCACAACAGUGCUGACCAUGACAACGCUGAGUACAAUUGCUAGGAAGUCACUCCCAAAGGUUUCCUAUGUGACAGCAAUGGACCUUUUUGUUUCAGUUUGCUUUAUUUUUGUGUUUGCUGCCUUGAUGGAAUAUGGCACCUUACAUUACUUUACCAGCAACAGAAAAGGGGACAAAGGAAAAGAAAAGAAGGCAAAAUCUAAGCCAUCAAAACCACCUGCAAUUGCUGUUCGACCUGGAUCAACACUAAUUCCAAUUAAUAACAUUAAUCAUCUCCCUGAACGUGAUGAUGAUUAUGGAUAUGAGUGCCUAGAAGGAAAAGACUGUGCUAGUUUCUUUUGUUGUUUUGAAGACUGCCGCACAGGAUCUUGGCGAGAAGGAAGAAUACACAUCCGUAUAGCAAAAAUUGACUCCUAUUCUCGAAUCUUCUUUCCAACUGCCUUUGCAUUGUUCAAUCUUGUUUACUGGAUUGGCUAUCUUUAUCUGUAAAUUUCAUAGGUUUGACAAACUCAGAAAAAAGUACUAAUUGAAUAGUCAUUAAUAUUUUAACUGAGCAAAGAUUAGAGCUGGUCCAAAAUACUCAAAUUUUUUGUAUGCUUUAAAAAUUUGAAACAAUAAGAGGAAAUAUGAUGAUGUAGUCUCCCUCUUGUGAUCAGCUGUAGAACUGAUACUGGUAUUUUUGAAGAGAACAUUUUAAAAUAAAUACCCCUAAGAUUUAUCAUUCUUGAACACGCAUAUAUACAUUUUUUUCCAGCUCUAAGAAAAUACAAAAUCAGAGGCUAUGCUAUUUAACUGAACUAUCCUACAUAAGCUCUCAAUUUUAAUUCUAAAUGACAAUGCAGAAGGAUUUUGUAGCAUCUCUUACACCUUUACAAAGAAAGCCUUAAUUAAAUGGGAUUAGUUACUCUCAUCCAUUUCAUCCUUAAGGUGAUGAUUUUAUUAAUCCCUAAUUUUGAAAAGUUGAAAUGUAACAUUUCUCUUUUCAGCCAUUUGUUCUCUCCAGUAUGUUAAAAAAGUGUGAUUAGAUGGUAAUUAAUCAAUUCAGAUUUAUACAGAAUGCAGAUAUAAGACCAGCAAGGAAUGGAUAUAUCAAAACACCCAAGGAUAAUUCUGAGCUUGUCUUAUUCUGACCAUGUAUAGAGACUUUUGGCUUUCAACCUUAGAUUACAUUUUUAUCUGUGCUCCAUUUUCUGUUACUUCAUUGUUGUGAGUUCCCAAAAGUUGUCCAAGAGGUCUACAACUUUCAGAAAUUUUUAUCCAGCUGCCAUUGCCUGCUCAUUUAAUAGAAAACAGAUGUGUUGGCUCAGAUUCUGGCCAUUAAGCAUAAUGAUCUUCACAUACUCAGUGUUGGAGAAAAAGUCAUAACCCUGCAUUUGAAAGAAUUUGUAUCAGCAGAAUUUGGAAGACCUGUAACAGUGCUGUAUUCAUUGUACUCAUAUCACUGUGUUAAAGCCCCAGUCCUAAGAGUGCGGUGUGUGGUCUGCUCCCCUUUGCACACAGCAUGGUUUUGUAGAUCUGGUUUGUUACUGCACAUGCCUCUCACUGAGCCAAAGCCAAGGAUUAAGGUAUUGAAUGUGUGGUAUGGAUUGCUGGGCAAUUACCUUCUUGAUGUUUGUUUGUUUCUACUGGAAAAGAUGUGUUAUGGAGGGGGAGUUAAAGUAAUCCUUAUGCAUUGAUGAAUCUUCUCCAAGAUGGGAUAUGUCCCCCCAAAAUCAUAGGAGCAGUUCUCCAUCCCUUCUGUGGUGAGAGCUUUGGUAGAAAUUCUUCAGUAGUAGUCUUUCUGAAUUGACCUCUUGGUGUUGACUAUUUCUGCCUGGCAGCAUUUGAUAUCUAAUUUCUAUUUCUAAACCCAUUGUCUUCAUUAUGGAAAAGUGCAGUCUUUUCCCCUUUCUUAAAAAGAAACUGGUCGGUCUCAAGUGAGCUUGCAAAAAUCACUGUAAAAUUAAUAUAUGCAUUAAGUAAAAGUUGGCAUUACACAGAAGACCUUACAGAUUUUAAAGAGGAUUAAUGGGAUUAGUAUUUGGCUGUAGGUAAGGAUAUUCAGUACUAAAGAUAAAGACAUGAUUAAUAGCUAAGAAUAGAAAAUGUUACAUUAAGGGCUCCCCCUUUUCCCCCCAAUAUUUCUGUUGAAUAUGCUCCCACCUCUGAAUUUCUCAGAAAGAAUGACUAUAUUUAUAGUCUAGUUGGUACCAGGUAUAGUAAGAUAUGAUAUACAAUACACAUUUCAAAGGAAAUGUUAUUCCAGUGUUGAGCCCUGAAGUUUAAUAGAGAAUGUGCAGUUGUAGUGGAAGUGUGACAGAAAUCCAAUUUUAAUGAAAACUUUAUUUCAGUAUUUAGCUGAUGAAAUAUAGGAGUUCUUGAGAGCAGAAAGCCCAGAUGAUGAGUAUGGCUGGCAUUAUUUGUGAUAUGACCUUUCUGAGUACCAGCUCUUCUGACUGUUGGACGGAAUAUAGAAGUGCAGUACCAUUAACACUGAUCUGCUAUAAUUUAUUGGCUUUUUAGAGUCUCAAUUUCAUAAAAUGUUCAGUCCAAAAGAAACAUGUCAGUUUUUAUUCCAUAAUGUAGGUUGAUGCUUUCUGACAGCAUGCUGAACAUUCCUCUGUAGGAGGGAUGAAGGUGGCUUCAGCAGUACAUUGGAUAUGUGCUUGAAAAGCAGUCAGCUUGCUGAACAGUGCAAGGCACAGAUUUAGUGAGUUCCUGAGUUUCAUUAAUUCACCUUUAAACAAAGGAAACUUAAAAUAAUUUGGCACCUCACAAGAGGAAAUACAAAUUUCACAGCCUGCUCUCCUCUGGCUCAUCUAGUUAGCUUUUUCUAUUCAUGUGGUUGUCAGUUGCCAAUCAGUCUCCAGUGACUGAAUUGGAGAAGAGAAAACAUUCAAAAUUGGCAAGGGAUGGAUAAGAAGUCUUUCAUCUCUAAUUUCUAUGGAACAAUGUAAUGGAGUAUUAAACCUAUUGAGUGUUAUGGCUGUUUGGCUUAUGGAUACACUUGCUUCUGUCUGUUGACAAACUUUUCUGUGUACUUCAUUUGCUUCUGAUGAAAUAAUUUUAGUUUCUCAUAGUACUGGGAGUGCAAAUAGGAAUACGAUUGCAGUGAACUAUAUCAUGGCAUGUAAUAAGUGGAUUAUUUUAGUCCUAUGAUUUUUUUUCUAAUUUGCAUGUAAACACUUGGUUACAAGAAAUCUAAGUGAUACUUUUUUAAAUGACAAAAACCAGACAGUAUAAUUGAAUGGAGUUAGAUGCUGCGAUCAUUUUUCAAACUUACCUAGAUAAAAAGUUUGCUUACUCCUAGCUGGGAUCACAUUUUUUGGGAGUCAUAUUAUGCUGACCAUUACUGCAUAAGCACACACUUAAACAUAUUCCUAAUUACUACUGUUACUAAACCAGAACUCAGAAAAGGGUGUUCUUAUGUACUGUCAUAAAGAGUGAUGCUAUCAUGAAUCAAUGCCAUUAACACAUGCUUAAUUUGCACUAAUUUCAAUAAUGAGUGUUCAGUAGUUCAAAUAAUUGAACAUUAAGGAUGUGAGCCAGAGCCUUUUCAAUAAGAGAUUUUCUCAUUGAAAAAGAGGGACGUAAGAGGAGAAAUUGCUGUAAAGGCAGAGAGGGGCAAAAAUUCUGGGAAAACUCUUUUAUACUGCACCUAUCUUUGGCUUCUCUUGAAAUGUAUUUUUCAAAAAAGAGACUUUUCCUUGAUAUUUCUGUAUUAGUGUUUACCAGUUGUCUGUUUUAGUAGUGAAUACAGAUCAGUGUGUUAUUUUUUGGUAAGGUUCUGUCUAUGAUUGUACCCCACUGAUCUUUAGUGCAUGUCUUCUGUGUCUGAAUAAAUCUGUUUUAUGUAGUGGCAGUGCGACCAAAGCAUGAACUCUGGGUAAUGUAUUUUAUAUUCACAUGUUGAUGUGUUUCAAAGACUUUAACCUUAUCCAAUUUUCUGUUAUUCAGAGAUAUAGGAUUGUGUAAGUCUUUGAAAGAGAAUCACCUUCAACAGUAUUUUUAUAACUUUCUCUUCUUUAUUUGGUAUGGUAGUAGAACAUUUGUUUAAAAUUGAUAUAUGAACUGUGUUUUGUAAUUUGCAAACACCUUACAAUUGAAAGUGAACAGGAGGAGUCUGGAUUUAAAUAUCUAUCUGCCUAAAGUAAGAUAUGUUAGAUUUAAUUGUAUCAGUCAUAAUUUCUGUCUACUGUUUCCAAAUAGCUGAGAACUAGUGCAAAUAGCAAAUACAUUUUUCUGUUAGUAUAAAUAUUUUUGUAGAAUUCAUUGUAGUUUCUCUCAGUUGUAUGUUAAAUGUGAUCUUUCAUGUAUAUGAAAUAAUACUGCAUUUUUUAGUCAUUAUAAUAGAUGGAAAAGAUAGAAACUAAUGGGGAAUUCCACAUCUGAAAAAUAAAAAGCCAGGAAUCAGAAA